CGCACCCUCGAACGGUGAGGGGUAGUUGUGCUCGAAGGUAGUGAGCUAGUACCUCGUCGGCUCUCGCCGCUGCAAGCACCGGGUGCUGCGAGACACCUCGCUUGAUUCAGCUGACUCCGAUCUGUGCGACGUUUCCCGCCAACGACGUCACUGUUGUCACAAGCAUUCGACCCUUGGUGACCGACAAAGAGUUUUUAAAUCGUGAAUGUGAGUUCAUUGCCUGCCAUCAUCCAAAAAGUACUGUUCAACCAGCUACAAGACUAUCACGUGCCAGAGAUAAAUAGAAGGAAGGAAUGCAAACGCACAGCUAAAAAAUAUAAGAGCUACAACUGAAAAGACGCGACGACACGGCGAUUCUAUAAGGAACGAGUGUUCGACAAAGACUCGAAAACGGGUGCGAACGAGGGAGACGAGUCUGUUUCGGGAACCGGCGGGAUUCAAACACGAAACCUGGGUCAAGGGUCGAGAAAAACAGAACAUCUGAAUGAUGUGAGAGGAAUAUAUGGACGGACACCAAACGGACUGGGCAGACUCGGCGAAAUCACGAACACGUGGCGGGACGUGAAGCGGGCGCUGAGCCUGCUCUGCGUAAAGAAAUUUUCCGGCAGCGCGACAAUGCUGGAGGCGCCGCCCGGAAGUCGCGAAGACCUCGUAGAGGCGGCAAGAACUCCAUGUACACCCACCGAUCUGGACACGAUGCUGUACGGAUACACGAACAGCAUAUACGUGUUGGACCACACGCCUGAAUCCUUGCCGGACAUGGAUAUGCUGCAACUGUUCGCGUCACCGGCAGGUCGAGCGUUGCUCACAAGCGACAAUCGGCCGAGAGGAUCGACGUCGACCUCCUCCUUGUCUCGAGAGUUCUCGUCGAGGCUGAAGAGAGGCAGAAGACCAUCGGGUACCGGCACAGUCAGCGCACCUGCGUCACCGCCAAGACGGCGGAAGUCAAGCGCCGAGCUGUACAAGGAGGCCGUCGAGAUCCUCGGCCUUACUUGUUCACUGACCGAUAGCUGCCGGUGCAUCGAUUGCCAGAGCAAUUACUUCGACUGCGACGACGAUUGCGCCGACGCCGGUACGGAAUUAGCUGCAGGCACUCCUAUUUUAUUGGACCACGCUCUGUCGCAUCAUCUGACUGUGUGUUCCAUACAGUAGCAGACGACUGAUAGACGAAGACUUUGAAAUCGGCCCUCUGUUAAUCCGCUCUGCCACAUGUUUCAGAAGAGGAUAAUGACGUCGUCGGCAUGUCGACGUCUUCCGGCAAUUGUGCAAUAUAUGCGUUAAAAGCAGAAAUUAGCGAGACUGAAAGCUACUAGCGCGGCAACGAUAUUACAUAGCAAUCGAACGUGUAAUGGGAAAAACGAAUCGUUCGUUUUGUGUUUUGCAAACCAGCUGAGUUCACGCAAAUAUAUUUUUUUCUUGCCAAAUAAUUUACUCGACAAAUCCGAUUAUUUGUUCGACGAUGUCCAUAAAAAAAAAGUUUAUGAAUGACGUAAAAUUUUAUCCGAACAAAAUCGUUCAUAUUAUUCUUGUUUUCAAUAGCGCAACGACUCGCACAUUCGUAUCGUCGAAAAUUCGACUUUUUCGAAAAUUCGAAAAUUGCGUUCAGAAACGACGAAAAAGUAACGGCUCAAAAAAUCUGAUUAAUCAUGCCAAAUAGCGCCAAAUUUACGAUAGAGUAACUUAAUACAUAAUUAGCCUGCGCCGCGUUCGCACUACGUUCGGUCAUUCAUUGGAUAAAUGUAUCGGUACUGUUUAAUCGGAUCACACCGACACGAGCGGUAUAUAAAUUCUAUAUUAUACAUACGUGUACACAAACAUAUACAUAUAUUAUAUUUACUACAUGUUUUAUUAUUAAUAUCCAUUUAAGUCUAGCGAAAUGCAGUUGUUGAACAGCAAGCGCUCGCGAUCAAAUAAAAAAAAAAAAAAGAUAAUCGUUCCAGGAGACGAAAAUAAUUUCGCACGUUAUGUAUAGACUCUACAUAUAUGUCAUGCAAUUGAAUAUAUGUGUUCGAUUAAGUUUUCUAAAGCAAACCCCCUCCUACUGAGAACUCCACGUUGAGUUAAGGAGACGCGAGUAAUAAUAUGGCGAGUAAGUUUCCUCAAUCUGCAGAAUGCGCGAAAUUAUGAUGCAAUACAAUGUCCCGAAACUUUUAUUGUUACGUAAAUAAGAUUUUCGUGAAAUUAUUGAAUAAAUAGCCAGAGGAUUGAGGACAUUUCUCGCAGCGUGUAAUUGUAAGCGAUGUAACGAUAAACGAAGUCAGGCCUGAAUUAUGUUGUAAACUUGAAUAACGCAAAUUAAAAAAAAAAAAACAUGUACGAACGAGAGAAGACGUCGUUUUCGCCGUAAAUAGUUUGAAAAAGCUUAGCAAUAUAUCGAAACGGGAUUUUGAAGAGGGUCAAGUGCCAAAUAACUCGUUGCUAAGCUUGCCAGAUAAAUAAUCGAAUUGUUAAGAAAACUUUCGCGUGUAUGUCGUUUAAAACGUUGCGCUGUAUAUUCAGACACUCCGAAAAAAUUUUAUACCAAACUGGAAUUAAAUAUUUACUUCCAGAUUUACUCUAUAGGAAUCCGAUACAUUCUACUCGUGAAUUUUACGCUGUGUAUUAAAUUUCCAGCGUUUUUUGUUUGCUAUCAUAUGACUUUUUUUAUCUGUUUGCGUAUUCUCUGUCUGUAAUUUAAAUCAUGUAAUAUUCUAUCUAAACAAUUUUUAAUUUUCAGAAUUUUUAGAAGAUAAAGCUGAAACUCUUAAGAUAUUAAUGGGAUACCUACACACAAAAUUUUACUAAAAAAAUGUUUAAUAAUUGAUAAAGAAGCUAUCGCUUCCAAGCAUUUUUCCUCAUAAAGCUUUUAUCAUGAUUCAAAAGAGUUGAAUAUUUUGAAUUCGAGAAUAAUUCAUUAUUGUUAAUUGUAA